UGUGCGGCAACUGUCGCCUCCGCUGAAACACCACCAUUUUGGUUCCCAGCCGUCUCCAUGCAGCGGGUCAGCGGGAGCGGGAGGAGGCGGAGGGGCUGGGCAGCGAGCGUGGGUAGCAGCGGUGGCGACCGCUGCACCAAGUGUGAGGAGGGAGGAGGGGAAAGAGUGUUCUGGGCUCGUCAGCCGCUUCCUUUCCAGUGCGAGCCUUCUCUUGUUCGAUUUAAGGUCCAGUCAGAUGGGUCGCGUCGGAGAGGGCACGUGUGUAUGUUCUGCUCGACAUGAUUGAAACUUGGCAUGGCCGUGGGAAAGGGAGACUUCUGCGGGAAGAGGGCUGCGUCCAAAGCUGCAAUACUGCUCCUUGCCAGGGCUCCUUUGUCUCCUCUCUCCGGAAUGCUACUUUCUCCUUCCCUGGCUCUGUCGCCUUAGCGUUUCUCUGCUAUCCUUCACUGGGGUCCCGAGUAAGCCGUGUUUGGGAGACCCAGAUGAGAGUAAAAGGGGCUUUUGUGUGUUAGUGUAUGAUUUCUGCUCCCCUCUCCGUCGACGGCGAGAUGUUUACUUGAAGCGUACUUGCUGGGUUACCUCCAUUCAGUAAGGCUGUGACUAAGAAACCUCCCUAUUUAUUGGUUAUUGAAGACUUAACACGCUGCUCUUCUCAGACCUCAUUUAUUAUUGAUCUUAUUGAAACUCCCUCGAUGCGAAAGAGAUGCUCCGGUUUGUUUGUUUGCUAUUGGUAAAGUGUGGUACUUCUAUAACAAUUGCACUGUGUUGUGAUUUUUACACUUCAUUGAGUGCUAGGGCAGAUUUUUCUGUGUGGAUUUGGCAAGGAUAAGGCUCGUCCUUGGUUCUCUUUCACUUUCCAAGAUAAGGCACUGCUAAUAAUUUUUUGAAUGUGCGUUAGAGAUUGUUUUGAUCAAGUGGUCGAAUUCAAAGUGUCGCGAUGAUACUUGCAUGAUAGUAGGUAGUCGUUUCUAUUGUAAUCAUCCAUUUGGUUUGGUUGCUUUCUAGAUUAAUGCAGAUUUGAGCAUAUGAACCCUUCACAGUAUUGCCCUGCAAGUUGAAGUAUAAAUGAAAGCAUUUUUAAACUGUGUAAGAUUUAAUUGAUGAUGUUUGAAAAAUCUAAUUUGGAAUGUGUCUUCAUAAUAGGUAAAGAGAACGUUUUUCCAAAGAAAAUAACAUAGAUCAGAAGAGAAGUAGAAAGAAAUUGCUGAUUUUACUUUGAAAUAUCUAAGGAAAUCUACAGUUUCUUCAAGACAGUCGUAAAAAGGAAGCAGUCAUGUUUCAUGAGUCCUCAGAACUGUGAGACAAGAGAAUGUAGUAGAGUGAGGCCAGAAGUCCUUACUGGUUCAAAGAACUCCAGGGAAACUGGGAUAGAACAUUUUACAUUAUAAGUAGAACCCCGGGAGCCAGAGGUGAAUGCAAGUUUAUCUGCAGAGCUCCGCUGCAGGGCUCAUCUGGGUCUGGAAGAAAUGGAUGAGAGCCACUGGAUGAAAUGCAUUAAUACUAGACAUCUGAGUUCUCUAGUAAUGUGUUUGUGAAUGAACUUUGCUAAGUAUGGAUUCCGGUGGUGGAAGUCUCGGAUUGCAUACAUCAGACUCCAGAAUGGCCCAUACCAUGAUUAUGCAGGAUUUUGUGGCUGGAAUGGCUGGUACUGCACAUAUCGAUGGAGAUCAUAUUGUUGUUUCGGUUCCUGAAGCUGUGUUAGUUUCUGAUGUUGUCACAGAUGAUGGGAUAACUCUUGAUCAUGGCCUUGCAGCUGAAGUUGUCCAUGGGCCCGAUAUCAUCACAGAGACUGAUGUGGUAACAGAAGGUGUGAUUGUUCCUGAAGCUGUACUAGAAGCAGAUGUUGCCAUUGAAGAAGAUUUAGAGGAAGAGGAUGGUGAUCAUAUCUUGACUUCUGAGCUGAUUACUGAAACAGUUAGGGUACCUGAGCAAGUUUUUGUGGCUGACCUUGUUACAGGUCCUGAUGGACAUUUAGAACAUGUGGUCCAAGAUUGUGUUUCAGGAGUUGACUCUCCCACAAUGGUAUCAGAAGAGGUUCUUGUUACUAAUUCAGACACAGAAACUGUGAUCCAAGCUGCUGCUGGUGUUCCUGGUUCUACAGUCACUAUAAAAACUGAAGAUGAUGAUGAUGAUGAUGUCAAAAGCACUUCUGAGGAUUACUUAAUGAUAUCUUUGGAUGAUGUUGGAGAGAAACUAGAGCAUAUGGGGAACACACCAUUAAAAAUUGCCAGUGAUGGUUCACAAGAAGAUGUUAAGGAAGAUGGAUUUGGUUCAGAAGUAAUAAAAGUGUAUAUAUUUAAAGCAGAGGCUGAAGAUGAUGUUGAAAUAGGUGGAACAGAAAUUGUCACAGAAAGUGAAUACACCAGCGGACAUUCUGUAACUGGAGUGCUUGACCAGAGCCGCAUGCAGCGGGAGAAGAUGGUUUACAUGGCAGUUAAAGAUUCUUCUCAGGAAGAAGAUGAUAUCAGAGAUGAAAGAAGAGUUUCCCGAAGGUAUGAAGAAUGUCAAGCAUCAGGAAAUACUUUGGAGCCAACAUUGGAAAACAGAAAUAGCACAGCGGCUCAGUACCUCCAAAUUUGUGAGAGCAUUAAUACAAAUAAAGUACUUAAACAAAAAGUCAAGAAAAGGAAAAGGGGAGAAACCAGACAGUGGCAAACAGCUGUUAUAAUAGGUCCUGAUGGACAGCCCUUGACAGUAUACCCUUGCCACAUUUGCACAAAAAAGUUUAAAUCCAGGGGAUUCUUAAAAAGACACAUGAAGAAUCAUCCUGAUCAUUUGAUGAGAAAAAAAUAUCAGUGUACAGAUUGUGACUUUACAACUAACAAGAAAGUGAGUUUCCAUAACCACUUAGAAAGCCAUAAGCUUAUAAACAAAGUUGACAAAACCCAUGAGUUCACAGAAUACACACGAAGAUACAGAGAGGCCAGUCCACUGAGUUCAAAUAAACUUAUUUUAAGAGACAAGGAGCCGAAGUUGCACAAGUGCAAAUACUGUGACUAUGAAACUGCAGAACAAGGACUGUUGAACAGACAUUUGCUGGCUGUUCACAGCAAGAAUUUUCCUCAUGUUUGUGUUGAGUGUGGGAAGGGUUUUCGACAUCCUUCUGAACUCAAGAAACAUAUGAGAACCCAUACUGGUGAGAAGCCAUAUCAGUGUCAGUAUUGUGUCUUCAGGUGUGCAGAUCAGUCAAAUCUGAAAACUCACAUUAAGUCUAAGCAUGGUAGCAAUUUACCAUAUAAAUGUGAGCAUUGUCCCCAAGCAUUUGGUGAUGAGCGAGAGCUUCAGCGCCAUUUAGAUUUAUUUCAAGGACAUAAGACUCACCAAUGUCCUCAUUGUGACCAUAAGAGCACCAACUCAAGUGACCUUAAGCGGCACAUCAUAUCUGUUCAUACCAAGGAUUUUCCUCAUAAAUGUGAGGUCUGUGAUAAAGGUUUCCAUCGUCCUUCUGAGCUGAAAAAGCAUAGUGAUAUCCAUAAGGGUAGGAAGAUUCAUCAGUGUAGGCACUGUGACUUUAAAACAUCAGAUCCAUUUAUUCUUAGUGGUCAUAUCCUUUCAGUUCAUACUAAGGAUCAGUCAUUGAAGUGUAAAAGGUGCAAGAGAGGGUUCAGACAACAAAAUGAGUUAAAAAAGCAUAUGAAGACCCAUACCGGAAGGAAGAUUUACCAAUGUGAGUAUUGUGAAUAUAGCACUACAGAUGCAUCUGGCUUUAAACGACAUGUGAUAUCAAUACACACAAAAGACUAUCCGCACAGGUGUGAAUUCUGCAAGAAGGGAUUCCGAAGACCAUCAGAGAAAAAUCAGCAUAUUAUGAGGCACCACAAAGACAUUCUUAUACAGUAAAAUCAAUGUAAGGAAAAAAGUUAUUUAGAAACUAUGAUAUGCUACUUGGGAGGAAUAUCUCACUCUCUCAUCUGACUUCAAAUCUUGAUAUUAAAUCAUAACAUUACAUUAUUUGUACUAAAGAGCUUCAGAUAUUUGAAUUGAUAGGGGAUGUUACAGCCCUUUGAAUUUUACUUACAGAAUUUAAGAAGCACUGUAGAAUGGUUGCUGAAAAACUUUAUGUGUCUAUUCAUAGUGUUAUAUGCAUAAUUAGAGGGGAAAAGCAAAGAUAAGUAGUGUAUUUGGUUGAUCCUAUUAGAGACAAAUGGUUCUGAAAAGAGUACUUAAUUGAGAAGUUCAGCAAUUCUUUGCUAUAGCAAGCAAGCCUCACUUCUAUGCAAUUUUAGAAAUGGGGUAGGGAAAUAAAAAUCAGUCAUCCAUCAGUCACUUAAUCAUUAAGCCUUUUAUAUUGUACCUGGAAAUUGAAUUCCAGAAAUGGCAAAGUUUUUUGUGUAUUCAUUAGAAGAAAUUCUACUGGAAACACAUUAGAGGAAUUCAUUAUUAUUUCAAAAAGAAUUUCAGAGCUGCUAAUAUUUUAUCAGAGGAUAGGGUGUUUAAAAUAUCACAUUCUGUACUGGUUUAAGGUGAAGUUCAAGUUGAUUGUUCAGUGCAACGUGUAUUACAAAAGUCUAUUUGAGUCAAAUGUGGCUUUCUAAAAUGGCUGCAACGUUAGUGUUGCAAACAAAAUUAGCACUAUAUUUCUUAUUAAUCUAAAGAUUAAAAUGAGAGAACACAGUUUUCUUAAACAUAAUGUUUAGAGAUUUUUUUGUAGGACAGUCUUAGCAGGUAUGAUUGUUCUAGUCUUACUUGCUCUAAUGUUUAAAGGUGCAAUUUUAUGCCAUUAUUGAAAAUUUGAUUUUUAAAAUCGAUAUACCAUGUUAUUAACAAGCAUUUUGAAUGAGGCAGUAUUUAUGCAGUAUUUAACAGAACAGUAUGCUGCCAAUAGGGUUUGGAGAUGGAGAUUCAGUUUACAGUGUAUAAAUUUAAAAUAUGCAUCCCUUUAACAAUGCUUUGUGUUAGCAUGCUGCAAAUCAAAAUGGCGCUUAAUAUUUAAAGCUGGUUUAGGGAAAUUUAAUGAAAAUCCUGUUCAUAAAUGUUAUGCAUAUGAUGUAUACUUUUAAGUUUUAGUUGCUUCAUGUUUACAUUCAGCUGUUGAACAUACUUAAAAUGUGUUUUUACUUCAUGCUAUAUUGUGGCUUUGUGUUUUAUAUAAUGUUCACCUUUCUGUUUUUUGCACCAGAUAAGAAUCAGUUUCUGAAGAAUCAAUUUUUUAUCUUUCUUAACUUCAGAAUAUUAAAUUUGGGAAAUCAGCUAAAGUUGUGUGUUACGUGGCUGUAAAUGAUGUAAACGCUGUAAAAUAAGAUCGUUACUGUUACGUGGGAUUAUUAUUUCUAAAUGUUACUCAUUGAAAUGAGCAUACAAUAAAAAGCAUUUAUUGCACUUCUAGGUUUUCUGAGUUUAUUUAAAGUUGUAUUGCAACAUCC